ACUCACUCAGGGCUCGAUUACAGCCCGUCGCAAGUUUGUGUUAAAAUGGCGGCGGAAACAGGCACACAGGUACAAGAUGCCAACUAAAGCGACGGAACUUGGUUACUUCCCCCGUUCACCUUGUUCACCGGACACCGGGGAGCUGUUCCUCGUCGCUUGCGAGAGCGUUCAACCCCGUUUCGGUUCCGAUGAGGAAACGGCAAAAACUCGACGACUAAAUAGCGAGCGGGUUCCGUUUCAAGUGUUUUUAUUUUUUAUUUGUUCCCCGUCGCCAAAUGACCUCGCGGUUGUGCACACCAAACUGAAGCCGGCGAGGUGAUCGUGGUCGCCGCAUCACCAUGGAGCGCUCCAGCCCGCAGACGGCGGCCGGCCACCUGUAGCUUCGAGCGGCCACUAUGGCGAAUCCGACCCACUGUGACCGGGGCCGGACGGAGAGCUGCGGUGGUGUGUCCGGAGAAGCCAUUGUAGAGAACGGUCGUGGGGCGAGAGACUUGUCUGUCUCCAGCCGUCGCGAUCUCUCCAAUCAACACAUCCCUGAUCCGAGCGCGGUUCACCAAUGUGAAUCUACACCAUGCCCCACCUCGACCUCCAUUUUCCACAGCGCCCCACAGAAGCUCAGUCUCGACCUGGACAGCCACAGUGUGACUUCCCAGGACUCGGGCAUCCCGACCCUGGAGCUCAACCCUCCGGAUUUCACUGCAGGGGACUCUCCCGCUACUUUAACGUUAGAUGAUGACCCCUCCGACUGCAACGGCGUGCCCAAGUCCUCCAGCUUCCCACGCAGCGGCUUCGACUCCACCCGCUUCUUCAGCCCGGGCCUCAAAGUGUCCGGUGUCGCCGCGGGCCGCCGAGCCUUGAACCGCAGCGACGACGUCUCCGUGUGCAGCGUGUCCAGCAUGAGCACGGAGCUCUCGGCGUCCAACGAGGACAUCUUGGAUUUCACCGUCACCUCCGACUCGAGCGCCAUCGUCACCUUGGAGACGGACGACAGCUGCACGGCUCCCUUCUCUGACGUCGCGCUGGCUUCGUUGCCGGGAUGCUCCAAGGACUUUAGGGGUCGAGCGAGCCCCCCUGGAGUCGUGAGACGGGAAGAGGAUAGCAGGCAAAAGAAGCUGGGAUCUUUCACCAGUUUGUUCAACAGGAGCCUCUUUGCCAGGAAAGUGAAAGACAGUCGCUCAGUGGAGCAGCGGGAUGCUGGAUGGAAGCUGUUUGGCAAGGUGCCACCACGCGAGGUGCCCAUCAAGGACCCCAAAAGAAUACAGAAGGAAUAUGAAACAAAGACUGGCAGAGGCGGACCCUGCAAUCCGACGUCUCCCGGGCAGAAUGUGAGGAAAAACCUGGACUUUGAGCCUCUUUCCACCACGGCUCUCAUACUGGAGGACAGACCUGCUAAUCUUCCAGCCAAGCCGGCCGAGGAGGCAGAGAAACACAGGCAACAAUAUGAAGAGAUGGUGGCCCAGGCCAAGAAGAGAGAGCUGAAGGAGGCCCAGAAGAGGAAGAAGCAGCUGGAGGAGCGCUGCAAGCUGGAGGAGAGCAUCGGCUCAGCUGCUCAGACGUGGAACCAGGAGGUCUUGCCCAACUGGAGCGCCAUGUGCACGUCUCGACGGGUGAGGGACCUGUGGUGGCAGGGCAUCCCGCCCAGCGUCAGAGGCAAAGUGUGGAGCCUGGCUGUGGGCAAUGAACUCAACAUCACACAUGAGCUUUACAAUAUCUGCCUGGCGCGGGCGAAAGAAAAGUGGAGGAGCACACCAGCCGGCGCAGCAGAGGCCGAAAGCCAAGAUGCGGACUCGUCCGAUCGGGAGUCGAGCUUGGAGCUGAUCAAGCUGGACAUCUCCAGAACAUUCCCCCAGUUGUGCAUCUUCCAGAAGGGCGGGCCCUAUCACGACGUGCUGCACAGCAUUCUGGGAGCCUACACUUGCUACCGGCCGGACGUCGGCUACGUGCAGGGAAUGUCGUUCAUCGCCGCGGUGCUCAUCCUGAACCUGGACACGGCCGACGCCUUCAUCGCGUUCGCCAACCUGCUCAACAAACCUUGUCAGAUGGCCUUCUUCAGAGUGGACCACAGCCUUAUGUUGACGUACUUUGCUGCAUUCGAGGUGUUCUUUGAAGAAAACCUACCAAAGCUCUUUGCACAUUUCAAGAACAACAACCUGACCCCUGAUAUUUAUUUGAUCGACUGGAUCUUCACCCUGUACAGUAAGUCUGUGCCACUGGACCUGGCGUCGCGCGUGUGGGACGUCUUCUGCCGAGACGGCGAAGAGUUCCUGUUCCGCACGGCGCUGGGCCUGCUGCGCCUCUUCCAGGACGUGCUGACCCGCAUGGACUUCAUCCACAUGGCCCAGUUCCUCACCCGCCUGCCCGACCUCAUCCUCGCCGAGCAGCUCUUCCAGCACAUCGCCGCCGUCCACAUGACCAGCCGCAACAGGAAGUGGGCGCUGGUUCUGCAGACGUUACAGAAAGAUCAAGAGCGAGGAAGUCCGGUGCUGAAGCGCUGACGUCCGGAGGAAAGGAAUGGGGGGGUGGGGGCGCUCAUCAGAAGUCCGGUUUGAGCUAGUGCUCUCACUAGCGAUCAGAACCAGGAUCCAGGACCGUGAGUCAUGGAGCAGGGGUGCCUUAUUUAAUGAACUUCCCAGCAGAAGACCGACAACACACUCCGGGACCCCAUGGGACCACUCAGAUGCCAGUUAUCACGUCCAAUUUGUCACUCACUUCUCGUGAACCGCUGUUUUGUUUUGUUUUGUUUCCCCCCCAAGGUGACUCCCUGAAAGCCUCGUCUGGAGGCGAUUGUUGUGUUCUCUAUGUUACAUGUCGACGUGCUGUCAUCCUCUGGAAUUCAGGUCAGAAGCUGCCUUUCAAUAUUUGUGCGGCGUAUCGUAACGAAUGACUUGGUACGGUGCACUGAAAUCAACAUUUUGGCUCGGCAAUGUUUUAUCCGUGUGAGGUGUUUAUUUAUUCAAAGAGGCUGUCUGCUGUGGAUCCGAUUUGUAUACUUUCUUUUUUUUGUUUUUUGAACUAAACCCUCACUCUGUCUGAGUAGACUUAUUUCUGUGUGUGUUCCAUGUUUUUCUUAUGCACACAUCUGUUAACGAGUGCAAAUUGUCGUUCGUUUGUGCGUCGUCGGCCACCGCUCAAUUUGAUGACAGGUUGUGGGUGAUAAACAGGAAAUGUAUCUUUGCUUUUAUUUUUAUUUUAUUUUUAUGAGGCCUGUGUGGUUUUGCACUCCCUCCCCUAAGCGCAGCAGAACUGCAAUAACACUUUUUUUUUUUUUUUUUAUAUAUUUUUUGUGACAUUUGCCCUUCAGGUGCAUCAUGAGUCAUCCCUCAGGUUCUUUUAAAUUUGGAUUUCUGCCUUUUGAAUGAAUUUGUGUGUGUUCAGUAGCAUUUCCAGAAUGAGACGCAGUCAGAAAAUCAGACCACCAGUGAAAUGAAUGUAAACUCCGAUUGCACUGUUCUGUCUUUUGAGUUGCAGUCUUCUUUCGGUGUUGGUUUUCUUUGCUUUGGACUGGCAGCAGGAGGGAAAUGAACCUCAUUUGACCAAAUAAAGGAGUUGCAAAUA